GGGAGGGAAGGAAGAGAAAGGAUAAGAGAGGGAGUGGAGCUGGCGCCUACGGUGGCCGAAGAGGGACGCGCUGAGCCGGAGGCUGCAGGAUGAUGCGAUUCAUGCUGCUGUUCAGCCGGCAGGGGAAGCUUCGGCUGCAGAAAUGGUACCUGGCCACAUCAGACAAGGAAAGAAAGAAGAUGGUUCGGGAGCUUAUGCAGGUUGUUCUGGCUCGCAAACCCAAGAUGUGCAGCUUCUUGGAGUGGAGAGACCUCAAAGUUGUCUAUAAGAGGUAUGCCAGCCUGUACUUCUGCUGUGCCAUUGAGGGCCAGGACAACGAGCUUAUCACACUGGAGUUGAUCCACCGAUAUGUCGAGCUCCUGGACAAAUACUUUGGCAGUGUGUGCGAACUGGAUAUCAUCUUCAACUUUGAGAAGGCUUACUUCAUCCUGGAUGAAUUUUUGAUGGGGGGGGAUGUCCAGGACACCUCCAAGAAGAGUGUGCUGAAGGCUAUUGAGCAAGCCGACCUGCUACAGGAGGAGGAUGAAUCGCCUCGCAGUGUGCUGGAGGAGAUGGGUCUGGCAUAACCCGAACUGGCCGGGCCCUGGAGACGGGGGAGCCUGGGGAGAGGCAGGACAUGGUGGCUGCUUCUCCCACAUCCCCCCCAGGGCCCUUCUCUUGGUGGGACCCAGCUGCCCCUCCUCUGCCACCUCACCCUUGGAGGGAGCUGUGGGCUCUGGCCCUUCAAACAUUCCUUCCCUCCACCCCCUACCUUUCCCAAGGAAGGUUUUAGGAGCUAGGAGGCAGGAAAGUAUAACCCAGACAGGGGUGCUAUUUGGCUUUCAUUCCUUACCUUUGAGGAACCGAUGUUAACCCAAACUUACUCCUCUCCCUUUCACUGUAAAUAUAUAAAUAUGUCAGGUUAAAGGGAAAAGGUUUUCAGGGCUCUUCUCUCCCCUCUGUCCCAAAACCUACCUCCACCCCUCCCCUUAGCCAGCCAGGGCAGCUUCUCUGCCUGGGAGGGGGGGGGCUUUUCCCUCACCUGCCCCCACUUCCUCCUCUGCUGCAUUGGGGCCCCUUGUCCAAUGCCAGGAGAGGAACAACAUAGUUAAUUUUUUUCUAACUUUGCCACUUUGAGGGAAGGAAGGGCUGGGGGAAGGGCGGACUUUCUGGGACACAGGCCCUGCUCCUCCACUUGACAUUCUGGGUGUGGCAGGAGCUAAGGGGUGGGGUGGGCAAAGUAUCUGCCUUUAUUUCCUUUCUUCUGAAAUAAAAGAAAAAAACAU